AGUUAAUCACUUGUUAUUGAACAAAGCGGUUGCCUUUACUGUAUUGGUUUGUAAAAAUGAUACCAACUUUUUCUUAUAGAGUUUGAUUACAAUUUUCUACUCAAGAGAAGUCUAUAGGAAUUUUACGAUACUUUAUUUUAUGUUUCCUUUCGGAGGAAAAUGCCUAGAAUUAUAUAUAUAUAUAUAUAUAUAUAUAUAUAUAUUAUCAUUUAACUUAUUUUUUCGCUAGCUGCGUAAAUGUAUUGCGUAAUCCAAAUAGAAGCGUAUAUAGAAUUUAUAAUCAAUAUUUCCAGGUGAUAUUUUUAUUCACCUGCUAAAAAUAACUAUUCUACUUUAAUUUGGUUAUUCUAAGUAAUAUACUAUUUAGUACAGUUCAGUAGAUAUUUAUGAUAAAUAGUAGGAGAAAGUAUAUAAGUUAUCGACUAACUCUUUGAUUAUAGAUCGAUAGUACAAAUUAGGCGGCUGACAAAAUGUCUUUAACAAAAAUUUAAUCUAGUAAAACUUAAGAACAAUUGCUCUAUAGACGCCACUAAUGAUAAUGUAGAGAUAAACGUAGGAAACAGGGAGUAUAAAAGCAUAGCAGUCGACUCUCUUCUAAUAUGUUGUCCUUGGGACAUCAUAUGAUAACACUUUUCGAAACAGUGAGGAGUCACUAGCGCUGAAGUUGUUGAAGAAACAUUAUUCAAACUAUGUCUCGGUUGAGAACAGCUUACCAAUUUAGCAGAAGAUAUACUGGAAGAGUGAAAGCAGUCAUUUUGGAUUGGUCUGGUACUACAGCUGAUAAAUAUGUAAUUGCACCAGCCGUAGUCUUUGCUCAUGUUUUUGAAAAGGCUGGCGUUCCUAUUUCGAUGAGUGAGGCAAGAGAACCUAUGGGAAUAAGAAAAGAUUUACAUAUUGCGACAAUUUGCAAUAAUCCUUCUGUAAGGCAAAGAUGGUUUAAUGCAAAAGGAAGGUAUCCAAAUCAGGGUGAUGUUGAAGAAAUGUACAAAAAUUACAUUCCUGCUCAGCUGGAAUGUCUACCAAAAUAUACUGAUUUAAUACCUGGUGCAGCUAAAUCAAUCAAGACUUUAAGAGACGGUUACGGUAUAAAAGUUGGCUCAACUACGGGAUUUAGCAGGCCAAUGGUUGACAUUCUUGUUGAAGGUGCCAGAAAACAAGGUUUGGAUUUCGAUGCUACAGUAGCUGGUGAUGAAGUCAUUAAUGGUUCAAGACCCAAACCCUUUAUGAUUUACAAGAAUAUGGAUUUAAUGAAUGUGCAUCCAAUCCAGAGUGUUAUUAAAGUCGACGAUACAACAUCAGGUGUGGGAGAGGCUCUGGAAGCUGGAUGUUGGGGAGUCGGGGUCGCAAGGUAUUCCAACUAUAUGGACAUUAACAGCUUUGAAGAAGAGGAAAAUUACACAAGGGAAGAGAUCGAGGCUAGAACAGAAAAAUCCAAACAGAAACUUAGAGAAACAGGAGUUCAUUACGUCAUUGAUUCAAUAGCAGAGCUACCAGCCGUCGUUGAAGAUAUUAACGAAAGAUUGGCAAGAGGUGAACAACCUUAA